AUAAAACAUCCAAUGGAUUUAUUUACUAUAAAAUUAAAAUUAAAAAAUAAUCAAUAUACAAGUUUAGAAGAAUUUGAAAAUGAUAUUCGUUUAAUAUUUUGCAAUUGUUAUACAUAUAAUGAUGUUGAAAGUGAAAUAUAUAGUUUAGGUAAAGCAUUAGAAUGUAUUUUU